AUGUCGGUUUGGGAACAGCUGCCGCUCACGUUCAAACGGAAAUUGAUUGGAAAACUUGAUUACAAGUCGAGGUUGGUUCGUUUUUUCAAUGAAAAUUCGCCAAACAAACAGAGAUGUUGGGAAUUCCGUGUUCCGUGUUCCGCGUUUUUUUCAAUAUUUUUUCCGUGUUCCGUGUUCCGUAAAAAAAAAAAAAUUCCGUGUUCCGUGUUCCGUAGAAAUAAGUUUUUUUCCGUUUUCCGCGUUCCGUGUUCCGUAUAAACUAUAUUUUCCGCGGAAAAAUUCGAUCACAAAUUUAUCUCCGGAAAGAUUAGGACAAUUGACGUUUUGUGGUCAAAAUUUGAAAAUUUUCGGAUUCGGGCCAUAUUCGUGAAAAGUGGAUUCCAUUUUCAGUCGUUUUUUACUGUAGUUGUUUGCUGUUGUGUUGUUGGUUUUGUUAUUUUUAUGAAAUUUUCAGUAAAACUUUCACAUCAGUCAAACAGCUGCCUUGUCAGUCAGAUAAUCGAAUUAAACGAAACAUUAUUUUAAAAAAAAUCACUGGAAUUCUCUUGAAAACGGUUUUUUCCGUGUUCCGCAAAAAAAAUUUUCCGUGUUCCGUAAAAAAAAAAUUUCCGUGUUCCGUGUUCCGUAGAAAUAUGUUUUUUCCGUGUUCCGUGUUCCGUAGAAAUAAGUUUUUUCCGUUUUCCGUGUUCCGUGUUCCGUAAAAAAAAAAAUUUCCGUUUUCCGUGUUCCGUGUUCCUUAGAGUAAAAUUUUUAUUCCCAACAUCUCUGCAAACAAACCGUUUGCAGACAGUCUCUGAGCCGGUGUUCCCGUCAAAACCGUGCCCUUGUUGGCGCAGCUCCAAUACGCCUAACAUCCGCCACACUCACAAUAGUCUACGAAGGAGCGAGUGGGAACUCGGGCACCGUUCCGAUCCUAGUGCUUUCCGAGCGAGUUGCCGGCAAGAAUGCCGUAGACGGAUACUAUAUCGAAACAAAUGUUAUCGAUAACUUUGUGUCGAUAUUCAAGAACAGACAGUCGAAAGUUGACGCGCUUUGCAUAAACGGACACGUGCGCGAGUUCUACGCGUUCACGGCUUUCAUCGAUAAAAUUAUCGAGCAACUCGAAAAACUCGGCGCACAUUUCAAAAUUCGCGCUCACAAAUUCGACUGGUGUCAAGAGGCGCACUGUGUUUUUAAUGUUACAAAAGUGCUGGGACACGUCGACGAAGACGUCAUCGAUCAAUUAGUCCUCAGGUUUGAUAUGGGCCCCGCCAUGGUCCGCACGCUCGAAAAGUUGGCCCAAUGGAAGCGGGCCAAGACGAUUUACGUGCAGAAGUUGGUGUACACGAACUUUGAACCGUUUCUUCAUUUCAAUCGCAUCAAAAUCAAUAAUGGAACGUGCUCGGAGGACGAUAUCGCUGCAGUUGUAAAGGUUGGUCCGUUUAUAGCAGAGUUGCCACGGGCCGGGAUUUUUUUUUUUUUUCCGAAAUUUUCAAAACUCCGGCCCGUCGGCCCGGUCGACCCGGUUCAAAAAGCGGGAAUCCAAAUUUUGAACUAUUGAUUAAAUAAAAUGUUUGUUUUUCGUAGAACUAACGAAUUUUGCAAGUAUCGAGCAUAAAAAAGAAAUGUAGUUCUCAAAAAUAGUUUUUAUUGGCAUCAAAGCAAAAGUAACAAUUAAAAAAGAAGAAAAUAAUAACGAUUUUUUUGUUUUACACGCCGCAAUCCGAAAGUUGGAAAAAAAUGGCUAAAGAGCGCGCGCGACCGUAAUGUCGGAGUGUCGUAGUUUUUUUUUUUUAAUUUUGAUCCCCGCAAAAAGAACGAAAAAAUAGAUUUCCCCCAAAAAUUUGAAUUCGCGCCUUUUGAGCCGGGCCGGCCCGUAAUUUGGCAAGUCUGGUUUAUAGAUAUCGAUAAGUUUUAUCGAAAAAAAUGCAUUAAUAUAUCGAUUAUUCAGAGCUUCAUCUCAACGCCCCGUCCACUCGGAUCCUUUUUCCAAAUCAAAACGAGUGGCGACUUCGAGGUGAGAUCAAUCCUCAAAAAGUUGGAUCGAAUGCACUUAUUCCUGUGAGUACGGUACAAAAAUUCGGCAAUUUUUUUCUAUAAAAGAACAAUCAAUCAGAGAGACGAUCGAAGAGUUGCGCAACGAAAACUUUGAGCUGGAAUGGAAUCGACGGCUCAUUCUGUGCGUGAUGCUCCAAAAACGACAGGUCGACGGGACGAUCUGCCGAAAAGGACACAUUUUGGAGGACUGCGAAGCACCGGCCAACUAUUGUAUUUGA